AUGUUUCGCCGGGCACGCCUCAGCGUGAAGCCGAACGUCAAGCCUGGUAUAGGCUCCAGGGGGUCCACCACUUCCACCGCCCAACGUGGAGCAGAGGUUCCCAGGCUGCCAGAGCCUGCAACUGCGUCUGCUCCGAAUCCAGCGGAGCCUACGGAUGUGCCCCUCGUGGAUUUUGGGAGAACAGAACCCCAAGAAAAGGCUUCUAGGAGCAGUGAUGAAAAGACUGAUGGUAAAAACAAUGUUGAAAAACCCAGUAAGCCUUCAGCUGCUGUUUCACAGAGAAGAAAGCGAGUAUCAAGUACUUCUAGCUUGGAUAAACCUAGCAUCAGCGUUUCUUCAGAACCUCAUCCCUUACCUGCUGUUAAUCAAGAAAUUCCACAACCAAACCCUAUGCCAACAAAAGAGAAACAACCGUGCUCAGACAGAUACCGAAUAUAUAAAGCACAGAAGCUGAGAGAAAUGUUAAAAGAAGAAUUGAGAAAAGAGAAGAAGCAAUGGAAAAACAAAUAUGCUAUAAAUGAAAGUCAGAAGCCACCAGAUCGUUCAAAAAUGACUAUGAGAGACUUCAUAUAUUACCUGCCAAAUAACAAUCCAAUGAUCUCUUCACUGGAACAAGAAAAGAAAACUGAAAAAUCAUCGACACCAGUCCAGACAAGAGAGCUGGAAAGUAAGACUACUCCUGAUGCUGAAGAAAAUGAAGAAAUUGAAGAAGAGUCUGAUGACGGACCAUUGCUGGUUCCUCGAGUAAAAGUGGCAGAAGAUGGUUCUAUUAUUUUGGAUGAGGAAAGUUUAACUGUAGAAGUUUUAAGAACAAAAGGUCCCUGUGUUGUUGAGGAAAAUGACCCCAUAUUUGAGCGUGGUUCUACAACUACAUAUUCCAGCUUCAGGAAGAACUAUUACUCUAAACCAUGGUCAAAUAAAGAAACAGAUAUGUUCUUUUUAGCUAUCAGCAUGGUGGGAACUGACUUUUCUAUGAUUGGACAACUUUUUCCUCACAGAGCAAGGAUAGAAAUUAAGAAUAAAUUUAAACGUGAAGAGAAAGCAAAUGGAUGGAGAAUAGACAAAGCAUUUCAAGAAAAGCGCCCUUUUGACUUCGAUUUUUUUGCUCAUUUGCUUCAGAAAGUUCUUGCCGAAGAAGAGAAAAGAAAACAAAAAUCAGUUAAAAAUCACAAUUCAAAGGAGAAGAAAUCUUCCAAACCACGGAAAAAAGUAAAAGGGAAAAAAGUUGUCAGUAAAGAAGUGAAUGAUGGUCCAAAUGAAUCUAUGAGUACUCAUGUUUCAGACAGAGAAGGGCUUCAAAAGGAUGUUCAGACAGUUGAAGAACAACAGCCAUCUCUGGCUUUCUCAGAACAGGAUUCAGGACAGAUUACAUUAGAAUCAGAUUUAAAUCAAAAGAAAAGGCAAAGGAGAAAUCAAAAUGAAACUGAUGAACAAGUAAGAAACCUUUCGGGAAGCGCCACUGUUCAGUCAAGCCAUUCCAAAGGAGGAAAACACAAAAGUAAAUGUGAAUCUUUAAGGCCAGAGGUAAAUGAUAGUGAAUGCAAUAGGGAACAGAAGCUUUCCUGCUUACAGGACACAGAUGACAUUGUGGACUUACUGUCCAGUGAAAAAGUUGAGAAAAGAACUGACCCCAUCCUUUCAUCAAGUAAUCAACAAGAUGCCACGGUAGCAACUGAGUGUUCAGAAUCGAGCACUUCGAAUUUGCCUUCUUCAGAAGUUGGAGCUAGAACAUUGUCUGAAGUGAACAAUGCUGAGAGUAGGUGUACAAAAGAAAGAAAUGUUGACCUAAAAAAUAAGUUACUAGAAACUGAUCAAACAGAAAAUAUUAAACCUAUUGUGAGAGGACGAUUCCAGAGACCUAAACCCAAUUUAUCAAGAGCAGUUGGGAAGAAACCAGUUAUUUCACAAGGUAAAACAGAUUCAGAAAACAAGAGUUCACAUCCAGAAACUUCAGUUGAAAAGCCUCACAUGGAAAAGGAUAAAAUGAAUAAAAUGGACAGUUUGGGAAUGGAGAAUUCAGAGAAAGAGAACACAGAAGCUGAGACCAUAUCUAAGGAAAAAAUUUGUCUCCAGGAAGAUACUCAACUAAAGGCUUUCCGACAUUCACGACUAAUGAGGGGCCAAUUGCGAAGGCCAAAGCCAAAUGUAGGUAAAGUUGCUGAAAGAAAAGAAAUUCUGACAUCAGAGGAAAAAAUUGAGCCCAGUGAAGAAAAGAAGGAAAAUGAAUCCUGUAUCGAUAGAGAUAUUCCUGAGCAAAUGGAAGAUCAGUCAUAUAAAAAUUAUGAUUGUGGAGAUACUACAUCACAGCCUGAGAAUGAAGAUGCAUCUUUUCAAAAUGUGCAACCACAAGAGCCCAAGAUGCUUUAUGAAUGUCUAAGCGUUCAAGAGAAUAAUGAAGCAAAUAUAGUCAAACAAGCCCCAAUUGUAAGGACUCAGUUUCAGAAACCAAAACCAAAUAUAAGAAGAGGAACUGGAAGAAGAGAAUUGUCCUUAAGGGAAGAGGUACCAGAGAACAUUAUUGCCUCUGGCGAAAAGGAGUCAGCUUUGAAAGAAAUUGCAAGGCUACCACAUGAGAAGGUACUAGUGGAGGCUAAUACUACUAAGGAAAUGGAUAAAGAUUUAAAAGACACUAUAGAGAAUGUACCAGAAAUGAUUAACAUUGCUGUGGACAUGGAAUCUGGUUUCAAAGAGACUGGAAGAGUGAUUUCCCCAAAGGAGAACGUAUCAGAAGUGGUUGAUGUUCUAGAGGAAAUAGAGACAGAUUUGGAAGAAACUGGAAGAGAAAUAUCCCCACGGGAAAAGACCUCAGAGGAGGUUAAGACUGUAAGUGAAGAGGAGAAAUGUUUGAAAAAAACUAGAAGAGAGACUUCCCGAAGGAAGAAGAUACCAAAAAUGAUUGUUGCCUCUGAGGAAAGGGAACCAUCUUUUGAAGAAACUGGAAGAGAAAUAUCUCCACAGGAAAAGGCCUCAGAGGAGGUCAAAACUGUAGGUGAAAUUAAGAAAAGUUUGAAAAAAACUGAAAGAGAGAUUUCUCGAAGGAAGAAGAUACCAGAAAUGAUUGUUGCCUCUGAAGAAAGAGAACCAGAUUUGGAAGAGACUGGAAGAGAAAUAUCCCCACAGGAAAAGGCCUUAGAGAAGGUCAAAACUGUAGGUGAAAUGAAGAAAAGUUUGAAAAAAACUGAAAGAGAGAUUUCUCAAAGGAAUAAGAUACCAGAAAUGAUUGUUGCCUCUGAGAAAAGAAAACCAGAUUUGGAAGAGACUGGAGGAGAAAUAUCCCCACAGGAAAAGGCCUCAGAGGAGGUCAAAACUGUAGGUGAAAUAAAGAAAAGUUUGAAAAAAACUGAAAGAGAAAUUUUCCCAAGGAGGAAGGUACCAGAAAUGAUUGCUGCCUCUGAGGAAAUAGAGCAAGAUCUGGAAGAAACUGGAAGAGGAAAAACAUCCCCACGAGAAAAGGCUCCAGAAGAGGUCAAGACUGUGGGUGAAGUGGAGACAGGUUUGGAAGAAUCUAGAGUAGAGGUUUCCCCAGGGAAGAAGAUACCAGAGAUGACUGUUGCCUCUGAGGAAAGAGAGACACAUUUGGAAGAAACUGGAAGAGGAGAAAUAUCCCCAUGGGAAAAGGCCCCAGAGGAGGUUAAGAUAGUAGGUAAAGUAGAGACAGAUUUGGAAGAAACUGAAGGAGAAAUUUCUCCAAGGGAAAAGGUACUAGAAGAGGUCAGUGCCAUAGAAGAAAGGGAGAUUGAUUUGAAAGAAACUGGAAAAGAAAACAUUUUCCUGAUGGACAAGUUAUCAGGAAAGAUGACCAUUUUUGAGGAAAUGGAGGAUUUGAAAGACACUGGAGCAGAAAUUUUCUUGAGAGAAAGAGGAUCAGAAGAGAUGAGUGCUACUGAGGAAACAGUAGCAGACUUGAAAAAUACUGCAAAAAUAGAUACUGCUCCAAGGAAAAGUGAACCAGAGGAGGAUGGUAGCUCAAGACAAACCGAGACAAAUUUAAUACAGAGCAGUAGUGAUCACUGCAGCCAUAUGCCUCCACCGGAUAUACAAAACAUUAGCAGUGACAUGCUCUUGACACUGCAUACAUCUGUAGAAGAAGAAAGAAAUUCUGAAAAGGAAGUAUCAAGUCAGUUAAGUGAGUCAAAGACUUCUUUACAGACUUCUGAAGUUGGUAUAACAGAAGACCAAGGGAUACAGUCUCCAGAUGGCCCAGAGCAGUUUUCAUAUACUAAUUUAAGCAAAUCUCUUCCUCAAGAACAGAAUCCAUUUGAAGUUAAAACAGCACCUUUUGUGAGAAGUCGAUUCAAAAGACCAAAACCAAACUUAGCAAGAGCAGCUUUAAGGAGAGAGAAUACAGACACAGGAAAAUACAUACCUGAGAAGAAAUUGGAAACUGAUAAAAUGGAGACUCUUACGAUACAACAAAACAGUGAAGAAACUAAUAACCACCCUUCUCAAGAUGAUGUGGGUUCCUUAAUGACACCAAGAGAAAGAGUUGAAUCAGGUCACAAGGAGGAAAAGGAUGUGAUAUCACCAUGUAUACAGACUGAAAAUAGCGUUUCAUAUUCUCACUCUGGUGAACCAAAAGAAGAGUCCCAGUUUAUGCAAGCCCAGGAAAAUGACCUAGUUGCUUCUGCAGGGGCUUGUAAUAUAAACACCUUCCAAGAAGAAAUGAAAGACAGUGGUAUCCAAGCUCAACCAAUGAGGCGCCGACUUCAGAGACCCAGACCAAACAUAAGAAAGAUUGAGAAGAGGCAAUUAGUAGAAAAAGGUGACACUAAAGACAUAAUUAAGGAAGAAAAACCAGUGUUAUCAACAGAUGGAACUGAAAAAUUCCUUGCUGUGCCAAAUUCCCAAAUUGGAACUGAAAUCGAAGUUGUGUCGACUAAAGUUUCCGAGUGCAGAAUCAAUGAAAAUCAGAGUCAUGUGGUUCUUGUAGAAAACCUUCAUGUUAACAAACUUAAUAUUUUAGAUGAAAAGAUAAGGUACGAGCAUAAAACUUAUGCUCCUAGUCCAACCCAGUUGGUAAGAAGGCAAUCUCAGAAGGCUAAGCCAAAUUUGAGAAUGGCGCACAGCAAAAGAAAGGAACCAGAACCAGAAAAAGACAUGGCAGAUCAUAGUGAGGCAAGAAAGCCAGAAGGUAAUUUGCUGCAGCAAGGAGAUUCUGACAUCCAGUUCCUUCCUAAAAAAAAGACCAAGCUUCUGACAUCUCUGGAGAUUUCAGCAAGAAAAGAUUAUAUAGGUCCUAAAGAACCUGUCUUAGCCAAAAAAGAUGCUCAGUCUGAAGAACUUGGACCAUUGGGAAGUGCUACAAAGGAAACUUCGGGGGAUAAUUCUGUGUCUUCAAUUAUUAAAGAGCAGUAUCUCAGUAAACCGGCAAGCUGUCCACGAUUAUUGAAAGAACCAAAUUACUCCAAAAUUGCACUAGAUCGAAGAACAGCUAUCUCUUCUGCCUCUGAAUGUGAGAUAGGUCACAAUGAAAGGAAAAUUCAUCGAAAGAGCAAACCAAAUGUCACCAAAGGGCGUGCAUCAAAGCGAAAUCGGGGCAAGAGCUCUAAGAAAGAACCUAGAGCUUCAAAGUCUGUGCUGGUGACUCUUCGGGCUUCCCAGGAAGAAGAAGAUGAUGAUGAUGAAGAUUUUGCAUCUGACUAUGAGGAAGAAAGCUAUCAUCUUGCUCCAGAAGAAGUAAACAAAGCUCCGGUCUUUGUACCCCUUGGUCUUAGAUCUCCUGAACCUGUUGCUACACAGAUUGAGGAAACAAUGGAAGAGCUUGAAAUAACUGUGAAUGUCCCAGAUACCACAUGCAUAGAUACUGUUGAACAUCAUUUCUCAAACACAGAUGUUACUACUCAGGAGAUGAAACAAGAAGAAAAUUUGAGUGCAUUAUCAAUUACACACUCAGAGUUCCCGCCCUUGCGGCCUCACAGCACUAAAGAUUGGCUCCAAGGCAAAAAAUCCCGGGAGUGCGGUUUCUUCCCUCUCCUUGUUCCAUCUGCCCGCAGUGCUGACGAAAUGACCACGGGUGAACAUAACCAAGAUGAAACAGGUACCAACGAUGGAAGCACCGAAGCUGCCAUAGCUUUACUUACAAUGGGAGAUCUAGUGUUGCAGUCAGAGAUCAGUACUGAACAGGGUGAUGGAAUAGGUGUACUUCCUGAGGUUCAUUCAAAGGAUAACAUUCAUAUACCUUCUAGCCCAGGUGAUAGAAAGCACAGCAUUACUCAUGAAUGUCAGGAGCUUUCUUUGCCUGUCAUUAGUGUGUCUCCUGCUUCAUUAGAAGAAAACAAGAUUGUAUUGGAGGAACAAAGUACUACUAGAGAAGAAAGUGGUUUAAUGGAAAAAGUAAAGGAAAAUGCUGUACCAGCUAGGAAUACAGUUUCUAAAGUGACCAAUAAUUUGAGAAUAAGAAGUAGAUUUCCCAAGCCUAAGCCAAAUCUCACAAGGAUUUUAGGGACCAAAAGGCUUGUUGCUCAUCGUGAAGUUCCCAGUUUGUUUGUAACUAAAGGUCAAGAAGUGGAAAUUCAGACAGAAACUGAGAAAAAUAUCAUCAAAGAAACAGACUCAGAAGAUAAAAACCUUGGAUCCAUUAUAACAGCAGAGAAAAAGGAGCAGAGCAAAUUGGCUUGUGCACAUGGUAUGGAAGGAACCAGAAUUUCACAAGAAGCAAACCUAACUGAAAGAAAUGAAAGCCAAGAAGAGAGAUCUGAAGAGGUUCAGAGAUUGUCAGUGGUUUCUGCAGAGACAGUACCCCACCUGCUUGGUCUGGAUAGGGGUCUUGGUGAGCCCCUGACAGAGCGUUCCAUUGAGGACAGUGUGCUUACACUUCGUGAGCCAGAGUGUCCCCCAACUAGUAUGUCAGAAGUCCAACAAGAGAAUGUAAUCAGUCCUCAAGACAUAGCAGUGAAUCUGGUUGCUAAUGUACAUCAAGAUGGAGAGGAUGAGCAAGCAUUCAUCUUAACUCUGGUGGAAAUCCCAACCAAUGCAGUAGAAGAGUUUACUAAUACUGCUACACAGUUAAUGCCAAACCCUUUCCUGCCAGCACCCAUAUUGGUUAAAUCAGUGAAUAAAGAAGAAAGGGGUGACAUGAGUAUGAGCUUUCCAGUAACUUCAAUUGGUCAAGAUAACAUAUGUUUAUAUAAUUCUGGAAGAGAUGAUUCUGAAAAUCCUGCUGCUGAUUUGGAUUUUAUAUCUAGGAAGAGAGUCCAUUGCAGGCUUGAAGACAGUAACUGUGUUUCUCCUGCAAAAAAAUGUUCACUCACUUCCAGACAUGAUUAUCGGGAAUAUACCUCUGAGGUAUGUUCAAAGGAAUUAAUAAAUGUUUUUGAGGAAACAGGGGAGCCUUACAAGGAACAAAAUAUUUUUCCUACCUCAGGAAGCACAAAUAUAACUCCAGAUCCUCAGAAAGAACAACUUGAACCAACUUUGCAGAAUAUAGGAACUACAUUUCUUGACAAAACAGAUACACAAAAAGAAAGGAGCACACCUCAGUCACCUCAGGAUGGGAUGAUUGUGUUGGAUAAAGAAGAAAGAACUAUUGCUGCUUCUAAAUCUGAACAAGUGGAUAGCAGAACAUCAUCUUUGAAAACCCCCCUAUCCAGACCUGGCCGAAGACCACUGGGAUUUUUGUCUUUAAUUUGUUCAAAGAAUAGUUUGGAGUCUGAACCUACUCAAGUUCAUAGUAAGAAGCGUCUAAAACCCGUAAUACCUGUAUCAAGGAAGAAUUUGAAAAGAUCUAAUCCACCUAAGGAAAACCAGAAAAAACCCCAAGAGUCCUCUGAUCCACUUGCAUCUUCAAGUGUUGUUAAUACUCAGUCUGAGAAUACUGACAGUCUAACAGCUCAGGUUCCUUGUGAUCUGCCCUUACUGAAAGAAGAAUGCAAAAGUAGCCAAAACCAGACAUCUGAAGAGGAGCUAACCACCAUCUCUGAAUAUUUCUUUAAUGAUAUAUUUAUUGAAGUGGAUGAAACAGAAUAA